CAUAGUUAUUAUGUCUUCCUCUCAUCUACACAAGAUUGUUCUGGUGCCAGUACUCCUAGUGCUGGGUAUGCUGGUCGUAGUAGCACACCCUGCCACUGCCAUGGCUAGAUUUCAUGAGCAUGAACACGAUCAUGAUGAGCCAGCAGUAGUAGUGGUACUGGAAGCAUCUCCUGAAACACAAGAGCUGAUCGACAGGAUCUGCUUCCAAGUGGAGGAAUACGGGUUCUGCAACCAAGCUUUCAACGAGAACCUUCCAUCUCCCACCACAGACAUCGUCGGUCUGACCCGAAUAACCAUAGACCUGGCCACCCUCAACGCCACUCACACGCUUGAUUUCGUGCAGAGACUGCUGGUGAACACCACUGAUCCGGGCCAAAAGAGUGCACUCGAAGCGUGCGAAAAUGGCUACAGCAUUGUGAUGAGGUCUUUUCAGGAUGCAGACGUUGCUUUCAAUAUGAAUGAUUAUAGAAGCGUAGCGAAGUAUGAAUAUGUGACGCCGAGAGCUGAGGGAAGCUGUGUACUCAACAUUCCUCCUUUUAAUGAAGAACUGGCUGAGAGGAAUCGAGAAAUGCGGAUUCUUAUAACCAUGUCAUUGGUCUCUGUCCUGACACUCAUCUCUACACAAGUUUAA